UGAAUAGCAUUGAGGCUCACAUUUGAGCUUGACUUGAGCUUCCUUGCUUUUACCAGCAACAACAUUACAACAACCACUUCUCUUCUGAAAGAAAUAAGGCUAUCCCGUGCCGGUCAGCCGGCGCGCAUCGAUGAACUGCUGAUCAGCUAAGAAACGAUUCUAAAAACAGCUGAUUUCUCGUCAUUCAUCCAAAGCAAUGUUAAAGCUAGAAGUUGACGAUGAACAUUCUCUCAUGAUUGAAGAAAGUAUAUCAAUAGAUGCAAGAAGAGAUCGGUUUCCUAGCUGCAUUGUGUGGACACCAAUUCCUGUAUUAUCAUGGUUUGUCCCUCUUAUUGGUCACAUUGGGAUAUGUAGAGAGAAUGGUGUAAUCUUGGAUUUUGCCGGACCAAAUUUUGUCUGUGUAGACAGUUUUGCAUUUGGAGCACCUGCUCGCUAUGUUCAAAUUAGAAAAGAUGAGUGUCAUGUAUCUCGCCAUCCUAUUCCAUAUGAAAGGGAAGAAGCCAACGAAAAUGGGAAUGACAUGGCAACGUGGGAUGGGGCGUUGCAUAAGAGCACAGCAGAGUACCAGCACCGAUCUUAUAACCUGCUCACUUGCAACUGCCACUCAUUUGUGGCCAAUGCUCUAAACAGGCUGAGUUUCCAAGGCGGGGGUUGGAAUGUGGUUAAUGUUGCCGUUUUUAUCGCGCUCCACGGACAAUGGGUUAAUAAAACCUCCAUCUUGAAAACAUAUUUACCUUUUCUUAUAGUGUCUGGUUUAGGAUUGACCUUAGGCGGAUGGGCAUUCCUGAUUUACUUGGCAAUCUUUAUUGCCAUUCUUAUUGGCUGGUUUCUUGUUGGCUCUUACUGUUUCAAGAAGAUGAUCUGUGUCUAGUUGCUGUUUGCUCAUCUCCAUUCAGUCUAAUAUUGAUUUGUUGGACUUCCAAGACAUGUGAUGGAGGGUUUAUAGUAGCAUUGUAUGAUUUGGCAUGCUCAAAUUUAAGCUUAUGAGUCGUAUCACUCAAAUUAAUCUUAUUUUCCAUGUAAGAACACUAAUUUGUCUUUUUGCCACUAUCAAGUUCCUGAGCACUAUAUUACCUUUGUUGUGCAUUAAUAUUAGAUAGAUUCUAUGGUACCCAAAAGGUACCAUACCUUUGUUCACAUAGACUAAUC